ACUAGUGACAUAACAAAAUACCAAAGUCCACAAAUUAUUAUUAUUUUAUUUUAUUCUAAAUUUCUGUCUAGUUUUCACAUCAGAAAUCACACCAAACUCCAAUUUUGUACACUGUUAAACAUCUCAAUUAGUCAAAAUUUAACAAGUUAUUAGGUUUUAACCAAAAUCUUUCCUUUCUUGGGUUCUGCCCAUUUCUGAUUAUUAUUGUCAAAGAAUCAGUGGAAAACAGGCUCAAAUGGAAAAGAAAACAAUUUAUUCGAUUCUGGGUGUUCUUUAUUCGAAUAAAUUUUACUUUUUUAUAUUUGUUGGUAGCUUUGUUAUCUGCUGUUGUUCUUAUGAAGUUCAUGCUGCUUCCACCGAAUCUUUUACCCUUUCAAGUUUCACUUAUGGCAGAACUGUGCUCAAGCCUUAUGAUUGGAGAUACAUCAGAGUUGAUUUGCCAACAUGGUUUUCUUUGGUGACCAUAUCUUUAGAGUCGGAUGUCGACCUCGAUAAAAGUAGAAUUAUGAUGGCAGAUAAAAGUAGUCUACCGAUGAUUUGUGCGCGUGAAGGCAGCCCUCCUUUGCCCGACACACAUAAUACCUCUUUUACUGGUUUAGUGUUGGAUCCCAUUUCAAAUGGGUCUUUGGCAAUCGAAGGACUUCAGUUUUCCGAGAAAUGUUAUCCUAUGCAGAAAAAUAUUCUGAUAAAACUAACAAACGAGCAGAUUUCCCCCGGAGUAUGGUACUUUGGUUUAUUUAACGGCAUUGGAUCCAUGAGGACUCAAUCAAAGAUGAUAAAUCGAGGCUCGGGGUAUUCUUUUAGUGGGAACGUGACCGUUGAAGGUUGUAUGAGCCCGUCCAUCUCGGGUCAAUUUUGCAAUGAAACAAUUGAUCAUCUUUCAUGCGUUGACCAAAAUUCAACGCAAGGUAUCGUCACUUCGUGUAAAAGCGAUGGCGAACGAUCUUGCAUUCAUCAAAACGAAUCAAAACUCUACUCUUUGGAUUUAUUGGGAGUUACCGAAGAGAUCACUAUAUCCGCAACCAAUGUCAUAUUCAACCAAUCACAACGCUUGAAUGGUGCAAAUAACGAUAGUAAUAUCAUACUAAUGUGUUAUGCUCGACAUGGGAGCAUAUCAUCACCAUCAACACAUGAUUAUUCGGGUGAUAUCAAUAAUGCCCCUUUGGUUAUACGAUCCCCAAAAGUUGGUCGGUGGUAUAUUACCGUUACAACCCUCAACGUUUCUAAAGAAAUCGCGGGGAGCACGGAUGUUUGCUAUUCAUUAGAGUGGAAAUUACUUCAAUGUCCGAUAAAUAAGGCCGGUUUGAAUUGUACAUGGGAAAGAUACACACUUCAGACAAUUAUGAGGAAGAAUCCAUCGGUACCGUUUGAGUCGUAUUAUUUACCCGCCAGCGAUAAAGUUACAUCAAAUUCUCCUAAUUUCCCUCUAGAACCUCUCCUUAGCAACAUAUCACUUGGUCAAAGUCAAAGUCAACAUUUUGCUUGGACUUAUUUUCUAGUAGACAUCCCUUCAGGUGCAAGUGGAGGAAGUAUUCACAUCCGGUUGAAUUCCGACAAAAAAAUAAAUCACGAAAUAUACGCCUCGUAUGGCGGAUUACCAUUUGAAGAUAAAUGGGACUACUUUUAUGCGAAUUCGACUAGCAACAGUAACGGUUCUAUGUUUUUUAAGUUGUAUGAUUCGGAUGAGAAGACGAUUAGUUUUUAUAUCGUGUAUGUCAGAGGAGGAACUUGGAGUUUUGGUGUAAAACAUUUGACUUCUGUUGGUAAUGCCUUGAAAAGUCAAAGUCAAACUACCAUGUCUAUUUCGAUUGAAAGAUGCCCGAGAAGAUGCUCGUCUCAUGGAACAUGUCAAAAUAUUGUGGAAAUGAGCGGCUUGUCUCUAUACAGCUACUGCUGGUGUGAUCGUACACAUGGCGGCUUUGACUGCAGUGUUGAAAUCGUCUCGCAUCAAGGGCAUAUAUGGCAGUCGGUUUCUCUUAUCGCAUCAAAUGCUGCGUUUGUAUUUCCAGCUUAUUGGGCACUUCGGCAGAAGGCGUUUGCCGAGUGGGUGAUAUACACAUCUAGUGGAAUCUCUAGUGGUUUAUAUCAUGCAUGCGAUGUCGGCACCUGGUGUGCUUUAUCGUUCCGCGUAUUGCAGUUCAUGGAUUUUUGGCUUUCAUUCAUGGCUGUGGUAAGCACUUUUGUAUACCUGGCUGAUAUUGAUGAAGGGUCAAAAAGGACAAUUCAUACGGUGGUUGCCAUUCUUACGGCCCUUAUGGCUGAAAACGGGCCAACUAGAUCCUCCAACAUUGUUCUUGUUAUAGCAAUCGGCGCAGCGGGUCUUCUUAUUGGAUUUUUGAUCGAGUUUUUCAGGCACUAUAGGCGAUUUUCAUUUUCAGCAGAACUCUUGCUAAAUAUGCUUCAUAGGUGGCAAACAGUUAAAGACUGGUUUCAUAAUCUUAUAAAGACGAUUGUUAAACGUUUUCGAUGGUUUUUUGUGGUUGCCGGAUUUGGUGCAUUGGCAAUGGCUGCCAUAAGCUGGAACCUGGAAUCUACAGAGAGUUAUUGGUUUUGGCACAGUAUGUGGCAUGUAUCGAUAUACACUUCUUCUUUCUUCUUCAUCUUCUCAAAAGUAAAUGGUGUUGUAAAUGGAGAGCCUCCAAACACAAACUAUGAGUUGACCCGACAAGACUCCCUCUCAAGAGGUCAAGGCCGACCGGAAAAUGGUCGAGUGAGCUAGAUGUUUUGUUUGUUCUAAUUCUUUUUGUUAUUGGGAUGUUGUUAAAGAUUACCUAGAAAUGUAAAUGUAUAUGAUAACCUCUAGAGAUUUUGUUAUAGAAGUAACAAGUUUUUUGCUCAAAACACAAUAAUAGUUUUUAGUUGAUGUUCAUA